AUGGCCGACGAGACGAAGCAAGAAGCCGCGACCGCUGCGGCGGCGGCGGUGGCGGCCGAGGUGACCGUGACGGAGGCCGAGGAGAAGCCCGCGCCGGCAGCCGAGGAGACGGCUGUGGCGGUGGUCGAGGAGAAGGCCGUGGAGGCGGAGGAGAAGGCCGUGGAGGCGGACUCGGAGGAGGAGAAGAAGACGGAGGAGGCCCUGGAGGCGGCCGCGGGCGACGAGGCGGCGGUGAUCGACGGCGCCGGGUCGUUCAAGGAGGAGAGCAACCUCGUGUCCGAGCUGCUCGACUCGGAGCGCACCGCGCUCGCGCAGCUCAAGGAGCUCGUGGCCGCCGCGCUCGCCAACGGGGAGUUCGACCUGCCCCCGCCGCCGCCGGCCAAGGAGGAGGCGGCCAAGGAAGAGGCGGCGCCGGCCAAGGACGAGGAGCCCAAGGCUGAGACGGUGGCCGCCGAAGAGCCCGCCAAGGGGGAGGCCAAGAUUGCGGCCGCCGAAGAGCCCAAGGCGGAGGCGCCCGCAGAAGCUGCGGCCGAGGAGGUCAAGGCUGAGGCUCCCGCGCCAGAGGAGCCCAAGGCCGAGGAGCCUGCCAAGGAGGAAGAGGAACCCAAGGCCGAGGCGGCGUCCGAGGAGGCCAAGCCACCGGAGCCGGAGGAGAAGACCGUCGUGGUGGCUGAGGAGGAAGGCACCAAGACGGUGGAAGCCAUCAAGGAGACCAUCGACCCCGCCGCGUCCGAGCCAGCCGCCGCCACCGCUGAGGCGGAGGCCGCACCGGCGCCGGCGGCCGAGCCGAAGGAGGUGCUCAUCUGGGGCGUGCCGCUGGUGGGCGACGAGGAGCGCACGGACACGGUGCUGCUCAAGUUCCUCCGCGCGCGCGAGUUCAAGGUGAAGGAGGCCAUGGCCAUGCUCAAGUCGGCGGUGCUGUGGCGCAAGCGCUUCGGCAUCGACGAGCUCCUGGCAGCCGACCUCGGCCAGCCGGAGCUGGGGAACGUGGUGUCCUACCGCGGAGCCGACCGCGAGGGCCACCCCGUCUGCUACAACGUCUACGGCGAGUUCCAGAACAAGGAGCUUUACGAGAAGGCCUUCGGCGACGAGGAGAAGCGGGAGCGCUUCCUCAAGUGGCGCAUCCAGCUCCUCGAGCGCGGCAUCCGGGAGCAGCUCGACUUCUCGCCCAGCGGCAUCUGCUCCAUGGUGCAGGUCACCGACCUCAAGAACUCGCCGCCCAUGCUCGGCAAGCACCACGCCAUCACCCGCCAGGCCCUCGCCCUGCUCCAGGACAACUACCCCGAGUUCGUCGCCAAGAUGGUGUUCAUCAAUGUGCCGUGGUGGUACCUUGCAGCUAACAAAAUGAUGAGCCCAUUCCUGACUCAGCGCACCAAGAGCAAGAUCGUCUUCUGCUGCCCUGGCAAGUCCGCGGAGACACUCUUCAGAUACAUUGCUCCGGAGCAAGUGCCCGUCCAAUUCGGUGGCUUCUACAAAGAGGAUGACACCGAGUUCUCCACCUCUGAUGCUGUCACCGAGUUCACCGUCAAGCCAUCAUCAAAAGAAACCAUUGAGAUUCCAGCCACCAAGAACUCCACGGUCAUGUGGGAACUCCGCGUGCUGGGAUGGAAGGUGAGCUACGGCGCCGAGUUCACCCCAGACGCAGAGGGUGGCUACACUGUGAUCGUGCUCAAGACGAGGAAGGUUCCCGCCCAUGAGGAGCCGAUCAUGAAGGGGAGCUUCAAGGUGAACGAGCCCGGCAAGGUGUUGCUGACCGUGAACAACCUGGCAUUGAACAAGAAGAAGAAGCUGCUGUACCGGUUCAAAGUGAAGAGCACCGCCGAAUCCACAUGAGGCGGAGUGUGGUUGGUGUGGUCGGUGUUAAGGGUAUAAUAGUUAAGGGUAGUUUAGUCUUUUUCUAUUCUAGAGUUUGGGGUUUCCUCUUGUAUAUGUAGCCCUUUGGGUCUCUCUCAAUAUAGACAUAUAGUUCAAUUCUCUUCUUCAUUCUCCCA